AUGGCACGCGCACCGCUCACGGCCGUCUUCCUCGCGUUUACGCUGCUGCUCGCUAGCAUGGUCCUCCAGGUGCUCGAGUCACUCAGCCUGCCCUACAUCAAGGCCAUCCACUUUCUUCGCAUAGACUCGGCCGCCGGACAGACGAUCACUUUUGGCAUCUGGGCCAACUGCGGGCGUAUCGCGCCACAGGCCGGCUUUGCCUGCACGUCGACCUCGCUCGGGUACACGCAGUCGUCGUUCCGCACGCUGGUGCGCAACGUCUUCCCCGCCAGCUUGCCGUACGCACUGAUCGCGCAACCCAUCGCCGCAGGGCUCGCGGGGCUCGCGACGCUUGCUGCCUUUCUCAACCUCUGCAGCUUCUCCCUCCUCUGGUCCCUGCUCGGCCUCCUCGCCGCGGUCGCUGCGGCCGCAGCACUCGCCAUUGAUCUCGCCCUUUUCGUGCCCGCGCGCAGCAAGUUUGCAUCGGGUGCUUUCAACGUUGCCGACGCCGACGCCGUCUUCGGCGGCAACGAUGCCGCAGACUUCAGCCGCAUCGACCUCGCUGUCUUUGGUCCUGCACUCUGGUUGCAGGUUGCCGCGCUCGCUGCUGCGCUCCUCGGCGUAGCGCUUCUCAUCGCCGCCCGGAGCAUAUAUCGCACGCACGCACGCCGCGACAAGGAUGUCAGCUUCGACUUUGAGCCCACCCCCCUCGGCAGCGGCGCGAUGAACCGCGUGUCGUACUUUGGCGACGACAGCAACAACAGCAACAACAAUAACAACAACCGCGCGUCAAAGCGAUACACGUACAACGCCGCGGACCAAAGCGAUGGCAGGUACACCCACCCGGGGGGCGCCUAUUACGAUGAGGACGGCUACUACGUUCCCGAUGGCGGCCAGGCGUAUGACUCCGACGCUGCGCUCUCCGCCGCCGCCGGCGACCCACACGCCAACUUGCACUCGAACGCACAGCUCCAUCCGCACCACUACGGCCAGCAGCAACAGCCAGGGCAUUAUCAGCAGCAGCAGGAGCAUUAUCAACAACAGCAGGAGCACUAUCAGCAACAGCAGCAGCACUAUCAGCAGCAGCAGCAACAAUAUCAGCAGCAGCCGCAGGACCAGUACGCGUAUCUGCAGCAGCAGCACGAACACGCCAGCGCAUCUGGGCAUUCACAUCCUCACCCUGGCGGAGGCGCUAGCGCAGGGGGAGGCAUAAUCACACCCGGCCCCGCUGCCAGCGUGCGGCGGCGGUGA